UCCUUCAGUUUGCCAGGUGAUUCUCACAUAGUUGUGUUGCAUCUCGUUACGACAUCUGCAGCCAUGAAGUUGUCAAUCGCCACCGUCACCGCUGCCCCUCGCGGCCAGUGUUGCCUCCCAGAAGGUCAAAGUCAUGCUCCUGGGCGACUCCAUCACGGAGAUCACCUGCUGGCGCCCCAUGGUCUGGAACCAGCUGACCUCGGCUGGGCUGGCCAACAAUGUGGACUUUGUCGGCUCCAUGAGCAAUCUCCAGUCCAAGUGCUCCCGUCCUUCGGGCUUUGAUGUCAACCACGAGGGCCAUUCCGGGUGGCAGGCAUAUGACAUUGCCAGGAACAACAUUGCGGGCUGGGUGCAGAGCACAAAGCCCGACAUUGUGCAGUUCAUGCUCGGCACCAACGACGUCAACAUUGGCAAGAGGGACGUCAACACCAUCUUGGCCUCAUACACGACCAUUCUGAAUGCCAUUCGCAACGCCAACCCCAAGGCUAAGGUCAUUAUCGACAAACUCAUCCCGACAAGCUGGUCCGACGCCACCAUCGAGGCCGUCAACAGGGCCAUACCGGGCUGGGUCCAGCAGUACUCUACUUCGCAGUCCCCAAUCACCAUCGCCGACUGCUCCCGGGCCAACGGCUUCACCAACGCGAUGCUCGAGGCCAGCGACGGCGUCCACCCCAACGCCCAGGGCGACCAGUUCAUCGCGCAGCAGGUCGGCCCCAAGCUCAUCCAGUUCGUCAGGGACGUCCAGAGCGGCGGCACCGGGACCAACCCGACCACCACCACCACCACCGCACCGCCGACCUCGACGACCAAGCCGCCGACGGGCAGCUGCGCCAGCUUGUAUGGCCAGUGCGGAGGGAAUGGCUGGAACGGUCCCACCUGCUGCUCGCAGGGGACUUGCAAGGCGGCGAAUGAGUGGUACUCUCAGUGCACAUGAAGCAGAUAUGCCCAUCGCGGAGCUUGGUGGAAAAAGAAUCAUGGCGCAGUAGUCGAUACGAGAAUGAACCGACCUUCUUUACAAUUGUACAUCCUCGGUCUGAUGCUG